AUGAACGACCCCCGACCUUACCACUUCAUUGGCUACGGGACUCUCUUGGGAACCCAGUUCUUCCAGUCCUUCAUAGCCGGACCGGUCGCAUUCCGCGCCUUGCCGCGGCCGCAGUUUGCUUCUUUGCAAUCUGCCAUCUUUCCCGUCUACUUCUCUCUACAGACUGCGCUUCCCGUGGCUAUAGCCUUGACUGCUAGCAAGGGCGGACAGGCACUUGGUAUCUCGGGCCUUGUAGCACCGGAGAACCGCUACAGCACCCUAGUGCCCCUUGCUACCAUUGCCGUCACAGGUCUAAUCAACAAUGUCUUUUUGCGCCCACUCACCAUCAAGAUUAUGCGCGAGAGGAAGCACCAGGAAACCCGCGAUGGCAAGAAGAGCUAUGACCCUGCACCACACUCGAAGGAGAUGGUCGCCUUGAACAAGCGUUUCGGCCGUGUCCAUGGUAUUUCAGCAUUGAUCAACCUGGCUGCUUUUGCUGCUACACUUUACUAUGGUGCUGUCCUUAGCAAGAGACUUGACUAA